GUUUGUGGCCUAUAAAGGGACCAUCAACCUAGGUAUACUUUUUCUUUCCUUUCAGUUGUUUUGGUGAUGGGUUGUUUACUUUUACAUUUCUGAAGCAUCUCUCUGCAUAAAACUCUGGCCAAAUAAAUAUGAGGUACGCCGUCGGCAUACGUGACCUUAUCUCUUCAAGUCAUCAAGAGCCUACGAAACAGCCAUGCUCAUUGUGUCAGUCUAAAGUGGGUAACUUGGAGCGAAGAUACUAUACCAACAAUAGAGAGAUGAUUCGGGGCAUGACAGUAAAUAAUUUACUUCAUACUGAGUGCUCAGAAUGCUCGAACAUGCAAACAGAUCCCUUUUGUCAGUUCUGUGCACAUAUGAGGCUAGGACACCUUGCACGAUGUAUCCUCGUCUCUAAAUAUGACGCAAAAUCACCAAUAUAUAGACGGUAUGGAACCAAUACGAAUUUCCUUAGAAGUUUCGCAUUCGAUUUGGGAACUCUAAACGAUGUUCAAAAACGAUCUACAUCUUGUCAGACCUGCGGAACAUUUGCCAGCCAUGCAACGUCAAUAGCAAACCAGAAUCGACUUUCAUCGCAGACAAUGAUCAGAUUAGAUGUGGAAUUAAAUGCCGGGGUAAUCAGAGGUAUCAAAUAUGAAUUGGUGAUCAAGUUGUCACUCAAAUCACUUGAGUCUUCCACUGUUGCUCCCAUCCAUCGGAAGGCAACUUUCAUCGGGGCUGCGGGUGCACUAUCGGGAAACAAUCUGAUAUCUCUGCAAAGGCCAGAGCCGCAAGUGAACUGGAAAGAUGGCGCCGGUCAUGAGAUACCCCAUCAUCAUGCAACAUAUGACUUAUCAGUGGAAGAAUUUCGCGUCAUUGACACCAGUAAAAGAUGUGUCAUAUUGGCUCCUCAUGACUGCAAAUACGCCACUCUAAGCUAUGUUUGGGGUAGAGGAGGUGACCUCCUACAAGCAAAGCUGGAUAAUAUUGACGACCUAGGCAAGGAAGGGUCUCUUGCAGAUGAUGACUGCUUGCCAGCAACAAUCAAUAAUGCAAUAAAGGCAUGUCUUAGCCCAGGAAUACCAUUUUCUGGGUUGAUCGACUUUGCAUAUCACAAGACGAUGAGCCAUGCAAAAAGGCAAAACAGCUGAAUGUCAUGGGCAAGAUAUACAAUCAGUCAUAUCUAACCCUAGUUGCUAACGCAGGAAGAGAUGCACAUUACGGUCUUCCCGGAACAAAUUCACAGAGGCGAUCCCCACUGUGGACAGGUCAAACACAGGGAAUAUACCUGCUUAAAGACAUUGACGCAUACGAUAAGAUUUGUCAAUCCUCAAAAUGGCAAACUCGAGGAUGGACAUUCCAAGAAGCAAUCCUUUCACCA